AUGCUUCGCGAGAGGUCCAUUGUCUUCUUUGGUGACCUAUCACUUCCGAUUCACCCUGCACUUUCUCAGCUUCUUAGAGCCCAAACGGAAUACUCUAUUCUCUCAAGAUUUCUGACCCAAGCGAAGACCGCUCUGCAGGCUGAAGCCACAAACCUCUCUGUAGUUGAGCGCAAGAGCCUACCAUCGCUUACAGACUUAUACACCUUGUCGGAAACAGAAAAUAGCCAUGGUUCUGAUCAUCCAAUUUUGGCCCCUGCGCUUCUUGUUAUACUGCAGCUUGGUCAAUUUAUAUCAUGGCAUGAAGAGCACCCCGAGAAACGAUAUCCGGAGUCAGACUCUACCAUUUUUGCUGGGAUUUGCGUUGGUCAGAUUUCAGCGACAGCAAUUUCGCUCGCCAAAUCCUUGACAGAGCUACUCCCUCUUGCUGUAGAUGCAGUGCGAAUAGCAUUCCGCUUAGGCAGACUUACAACAGAAGCAAGAAAUGACCUGGAACUAAGUUUAGAAGAAACGUGGGCAAUAGUUACACCACGAGACACAUCAAUACCGACUGAAGAUGUUCUAGAUAGGAUUAUCAAAGAGUCGGGUAUAUUAGGUCGGAGAAAGCCUUAUGCCACAGCAUAUUUCCCUAAAACGGUAACGAUUCAGGGUCCACCAUCCACAUUACGGCUCGUCAGCGACUCGUUACAGAAGGCACGCGGAUCAUCGCAUACCUAUUUCGCAUCCGAACUACCAAUAUAUGCACCGUAUCAUGCACCACAUUUAUAUAAUCAAGAUACUGUUGUUGAGAUCUUAGAUGGAGUCGAAUUUGUUGACAAGAAAAAUGACACCUGGGCUACCGGCCAAGUGAAACUGAUAUCUCCCACCACUGGUACAUUCUAUGAUGUAUCGAAUAGAUUAGAUAUCAUGUCAAAGGCGCUUCACGAUAUUCUACUAAAACCGAUAAACUGGGAAAAGCUAUGCGAAGGUUGUACCUCCGUGGUGGCAUCGUCAGAGCCAGCCAGGUGGUCUAUUCGCCCUUUCGGGCCAUCCAAAGCCACAAAAAGUCUUCUGUCUGCAAUUAGCUCAGUGACAAAUGCAGAUAUCAUCCUUGACGAAACAUUUAUCUCAAGCAGCACAUCACAGACUCCAACCACUGCAAAGGAGCCGAUUGCUAUAAUAGGGAUGAGCGGUAGAUUCCCCAACUCCACAAACACCGAUGAGCUCUGGAAGCUCCUUGAACAGGGAAUUGAUUGUCACAAAGUGAUACCUGCCGAUAGAUUCAACGCCUCUCUUUAUGUAUCCCAGGAUAGGAAUUCUCGAAACAAAAGCAAAUCACCUUAUGGAUGCUUUAUUGAGAAGCCAGGGAUGUUUGAUCCCCGAUUCUUCAAUAUGUCUCCAAAAGAGGCUGCACAAACCGAUCCCCAGCAACGCUUGGCACUUGUGACUGCAUACGAGGCAUUGGAGAUGGCAGGAUAUGUUCCAAACGGCACCCCAUCUACACAAUUAGAUCGUAUUGGGACAUUCUAUGGCCAAACAACAGAUGACUAUAAGGACUUGAACACGUCUCAAGACAUUGAUACCUAUUAUGUUUCUAGCGUCAUAAGAGCCUUUGGACCGGGCCGGGUUUCUCGGAGUAAUCAACUUGGUGGACCGAGUGUUAGUGUUGACACAGCUUGUUCAUCGAGCGCGAUGGCUUUGAAUAUAGCUUGUACUUCUAUCUGGAGCCAAGAAUGUGAUACGGCUGUGGUUGGAGGCAUGUUGCUUCUAGGGAGUCCAGAAAUGUAUGCCGGUCUGAGCAAGGGCCAUUUCAUCUCAGAAACAGGGCCCUGCAAGACAUUCGAUGAUUCUGCGGAUGGUUAUUGCAGGGGUGAGUCAGUAGCUAGUAUCGUGAUCAAGAGGCUCGAUGCUGCCAAAGCGGACAACGAUAACAUACUCGCUGUUAUCCUUGGAGCCGGGACUAACUACUCAGCUUAUGCUGCAUCAAUUACUCAGCCACAUGGCCCAACUCAAGAAAUGCUAUACCGGAAAGUACUUAACCAAGCAGGUCUAGAUCCAUUUGACAUUGAUUAUGUGGAAAUGCAUGGUACUGGGACUCAACUAGGUGAUGCAAUUGAAAUGAGCUCCGUCAGCAACAUCUUUGCUCCAGUUUCUCCAAGACGUCCGAUUGAGAGACCUCUCCAUGUUGGCACUGUAAAGCCCAAUAUUGGUCACGGAGAAUCUGCGUCUGGAAUAACUUCAUUGAUUAAAGCGUUGCUCAUUCUUCGGGAGGAACGCAUCCCUCCUCACAUUGGCAUCAAAAGCGGCGUCCUUAAUCACACGUUCACAGAUUUACAGAGACGCAACGUCCACAUUCCGCUAGAGACUGCUGCCUUCCCCAGGAGCCAGUUUCGAAAGCGUCGCCUAAUGGUCAACAAUUUUGGUGCUGCUGGUGGAAACUCUGCAUUCAUCCUGGAGGAGGGUCCCAUAUAUGAAGGUCAUGGUGUUCUUGAUUCAAGACCGGAUCAUGUUAUCAGUGUGACUGCAAAAACCGCCUUCUCACUUCAAAAGAAUAUCAGCAAUCUCAUUGCCCAUUUGGAGCAAUAUCCUCAAGUGUCACUCUCAGAUCUAUCGUACACCACGACGGCUCGUCGUGUACAGCAUCCCCUUCGUGCGUCGGCAAUUGCCUCCAAUGUCGAUGAGCUCAAGGGUCGUUUAGUCCAGCUAUUAGAGACCAUACCCCCCAAGCCAGCUAGCGGUAAAUUUCCCGGUGUUGCCUUUGCAUUCACUGGCCAGGGAUCAGUCUAUUUGUCACUUGGGCAGCAGUUAUUUGAGACUAGCAGCCAGUUUCGAGCUGAUAUGAGACGUUUUGAUCAGAUUUGCCAAGGAUAUGAAUUUAAAACGUUCCUACCAGUGAUAGACGGAAGUGCUACUAAUUUCAACGACCUAUCGCCCACUCAAGCGCAGUUGGCACUUGUCUCUGUUCAGAUUGCGCUUGCUCGUUUAUGGGCAUCAUGGGGUAUCACGCCAAAUUUCGUUAUUGGACACAGUCUUGGGGAGUACGCUGCCCUUAAUGUGAGCGGAGUUCUGUCUAUUUCCGAUACUUUGUAUCUUGUUGGUAUUCGUGCUUCUUUCUUAGAGACUCUCUGCACGAAAAAUACCCAUUCCAUGUUAGCAAUCCAUGCCACCCUUGACGCGGUCAAGUCAGCAGCGGAAAAUAAACUAGGUCGACUGGAACUAGCUUGUGUGAAUGGACCCGAAGAUAUUGUUUUAAGUGGAUUAUUUAAGGAUAUUCAGGAAUUGAGUCAACAUCUCAAACAACAAGGAUUCAAGUGCACAGUUUUGCAGGUCCCAUUUGCUUUCCACUCAUCACAAACGGAUCCAAUCCUUGAUUCCUUGGAAAAAGCUGCGCAGUCUGUCAGAUUUCUGAAACCAGAGAUUCCUGUGGUGUCCACACUGCUUGGUGCUGUUGUUGACGAGAUAGAUGUUUUCGGUCCAUCUUAUCUACGACGGCAUGCACGUGAACCUGUCAAUUUCGAUGGAGCUCUUCGACAAGCUUGUUUUGAUGGAUUGACCGACGCUCAAACCAUCUGGUUAGAAAUUGGUCCCGAGCCCAUCUGUCUCGCCAUGGUUAAAAGCAUACUGGGAAGUGAGAUAAAGGCAUUCCCGACUCUCCGUAAAAGUGAGGCUCCCUGGAAAACAUCUGCAAAGACGGUUUCUGCGUUGCAUUCUCUUGGGUUUGAUAUAACUUGGAAAGAAUAUCAUCGCGACUUUGAAGGGGGUCAACGUCUUUUACAUCUUCCCUCUUAUGCUUUUGACGAGAAAAACUAUUGGAUUGACUAUAAGAAUGACUGGCUGUUGCACAAGGGCAAAGACAUUGUCAAACAAAUGGACACUCCGAGAAUCAACUCUGGUCCAGCUACGACGACUGUCCAAACGUUGAUCACCGAAGAGGUAAAGGAUGGAACAGUUUUUGUUGUAUUUGAGUCCAACCUAUCGGAACCGAAGUUGAAUGCAUUGAUUGCUGGGCACAGUUUGAACGGACUAGCUCUUUGUCCAUCGGGUGUGUUUGCAGAUAUGGCUCUAACAGUGGGAGACUAUAUUCGACAAAAGCAUCAGGCCAAGCUGCCUGCCUCAUCAGGGUCCAAUAUUGUUGAUAUGCAGAUCGUGAAGCCUGUUACUAUUACAGUUCCACGAGUUGAUACCCCCGAGCUUCUUAGGAUUAGCGGCACGGCAAAUCUCGAAAAAGGCAUUGUCGAAGUUACAUUUGGUACAUACUCCUCGAAGAGUGGUAAAACAGACCAAAACGCGAAAUGCAUCAUUGAAUUUGGUGAUACGAAGCUGUGGCUGAAUCACUGGUCAAGAAGCGCGUAUUUAAUACAGAAACGGAUAGAGGACCUUGAGCGAGGUGUCAAAAACGGUGACGUGGAUAAACUCUUUGAAAAAACAAUCUAUAGACUGUUUUCAGCUGUCGUUGAUUAUGAUCCCAGGUACCAUGGAAUGAAAGAAGUUAUGAUAAACAGCAAUGAGCUGGAAGCGGUUGCGCUGGUGAAGCUCUACGAGGGUACUGACGCCGGCGACUUUUUUUGUUCUCCUCUGUGGCUUGAUAAUCUCGCCCAACUUGCUGGUUUCAUAAUGAAUGGGGUCAAUGUCGUUGAUCCGCGAAAAUUUGUGUAUAUUUCGCAUGGUUGGGGAUCUUACCAGCUUGCUGACGAUAUAGACCCUACAAAACCAUAUCAUGUUCACGUGAAAAUGCAUCCGGCUGAGAAAAAUGUCGUUGUUGGUGAAGUUUCUAUCUUCCAGGGAGACACCAUGAUUGGCCUAUGCAGCAGUAUUAAAUUUCAAAAGGUGCCUCGAUCGUUGAUGGAGAUGCUGUUAGCGCCGCCGUCUCAUCAGCAACAAUCAAGCGUUCAAAUUCCAAAUCAACGCCCAACACUCUCAAGUGCUAAACAGGCGCGAGUGAUUCCACCCAGGAAGGCAGCAGUCCUACCAGAAUAUUCUUCUGGCAAGUCCACCCCGGGGAUCAAAUCAAUGGCCUUGGAGACGAUUGCUCAAGAGAUAGGGGUUACCGCAGCCGAAUUAGUCGACAGUGCAACAUUCGUCGAAUUCGGCCUUGAUUCGCUGAUGGCAUUGACCAUACUGUCUAAACUUCGAGAAUCACUACAACUGGAUCUCCCAUCUGACAUCUUUCAAGAGCUUACCACUAUUGGAGAUUUAAGAGGAUUCCUUGACAAAUUCGACAACACGAAUGAAGGCAACGUCGACACCCCAAGCACUGAUGCCAUGUCGCCCAUCUUGGCGACUCCAGAGCCCUUAUUCGAGGAUGAAACCUCCAUUGCGGGUGAUAUGCUUAACUCUGUUUAUUCAAUCAUGGCGAAGCAGAUCGGAGUUGAAGUAGAGGAGCUCUUAGCUGUCGACGAUCUUUCUUCCCUUGGGCUGGAUUCAUUGAUGAGCCUCAGUAUUCAAGGAAGCAUCCAGGAAGAACUUAGUCUGAAACUCGAGCUACAGUUUGAUGGAUCCGCCAAGUUACCUACCUUGGUAAACAUUCAAGAAGCUCUUGGUCUUUCGCCUGCAGAACCGUUAAUUAUUCCACAACCACUGAUACCAGCAACCUCACACCGGGCUGGUUUAGGCCCAUCUGCUUCGACCUUACUUUUACAAGGAAAUCCCAGAUCGAGUACGAAGUUUCUAUUUCUGUUCCCAGAUGGCAGUGGUUCAGCAGCAGCAUACGCCGCAUUACAAGAAAUAUCCCCAGAUCUCGUGGUAUAUGGGUUGAACAGUCCAUUUCUGAAGUCGGCCGACAAAUAUACCUGUAGCAUCGAAGAGAUAGCUACGAUCAUGGUGCAAGCGGUUCGAUCGAUUCAAUCUCAUGGUCCAUACACUCUUGCCGGCUGGUCAGCAGGGGGGAUGUACGCUUUUGAAGCGGCCCGACAACUGAUCCAGGCUGGCGAGCUUGUAUCAAAGCUUAUACUCAUCGAUAGUCCCUGUCGAUCCACAUAUGAGCCCAUGCCAGCCAACCUAUUGGAAUUCAUAAUGUCUAGCACUAUCCUCAAAGGGUUUACAGAUAAGUCGGCUCCAAACAGAAUCGUUGACCAUUUCAAAUCAACGAUCCGUGCUCUUCAAAUUUACUCGCCGACGAAAUUAGAUGCUUCUCGCGCACCUGAGGUCUUCAUAAUAUGGGCUAAAAAAGGAUUGAGUGAGGAUCUAGGGAAUAAUGAGAGAGGGAAUGUGGAUUGGAGUCGUGGAGUAGCAAACUGGUUGUUUCACCGUGAGGCAAAUGCUGGCCCCCUGGGAUGGGAAAAGUUGCUUCCUGGAAGGCCCAUUUCAGUGGCUGAUGUGGCCGGCAACCAUUUUUCCAUGGUCAACAAAUCAAACAGCAAAUCCUUAAGCCUAGCCAUCUCCGACGUAUUGCGAGACGACUUGAGGAAGCAACAAUGGAGAAUAUUUUAG